GGCUGGGGCGGUGCUGAACCCGGAAGUGGUGGCGGUCCCGGGAGAGCAGGCGGAGACAGCGGCGAGUCGGACGCCGGGCUGACUGAGCGGGGCGGGGGCUGACAGAGAGCAUCCGCCUCGCGGGAGCUGCAUGAGGAGCGGGAGUGGCCGGGCCUGCCUUCCGCGCUUGCUAAAAGCGAGCGCCCAGUGAUGGCGAUGGUGAUGGCGGCAGUUGCUCGGACAGCCCCAGUUAAGCUGCGCCCAGAGAGAUUCAUCCAGAAAGCGUCCAGAAGAAUCCUCCUGUCAGAAAAGCUAAGAAGGCAGUAUUUAUAACACUGGGAGUUUUAAAUAAUUUGUUUAAAAUGGCUGAAAACAAUAGUAAAAAUGUAGAUGUCCGGCCUAAAACAGGCCGGAGUAGAAGUGCUGACCGAAAAGAUGGUUAUGUGUGGAGUGGAAGGAAGCUGUCCUGGUCCGGAAAGACAGAGAGCUGUUCUGAGUGGGAGACCGUAGAUCCUGAAGAGAAAGCCAGAGCUCCUCGAAGGAGCCAUGAAAGGGACAGCUGCUCGCCCAUUGACUUGGACUUAGACAAUUCCUGUGGACAUAGAUUUUUAGGCCGGUCCCUUAAACAGAAGCUGCAGGAUGCUGUGGGGCAGUGUUUUCCAAUAAGGAACUGUAGUGGUCGGCACUCUGCAGGGCUUCCGUCCAAAAGGAAAAUUCAUAUCGGUGAGCUCAUGCUAGACAAAUGCCCAUUCUCACCUCCAUCAGAUUUAGCCUUUAGGUGGCAUUUCAUUAAACGACACACUGGUCCUGUAAGUCCAAAAUCAGAUGAAUGGCUGAGCACAGACUUACCUGGGAGUAAACUGAGGGAUGCUCAGCUGAAACGAAGAAACACGGAAGAAGACAUACCCUGUUUCUCACAUACCAGUGUUCAGCCUUGUGUCAUCACUACCAACAGUGCUUCGUGUAGAAGUGGUCACAUAACUGGCUCUCUGGUGAACUUGGUCACAAAUGACAGCAUAGAAGAUAGUGAUAUGGAUUCAGAAGAUGAAAUUAUAACACUGUGCACAAGCUCCAGAAAAAGAAACAAGCCCAGGUGGGAAAUGGAUGAUGAAAUCCUGCAGUUGGAGGCGCCUCCCAAGCACCACACCCAGCUGGAUUACGUUCACUGCCUUGUACCAGACCUCCUUCAGAUCAGUAACAAUCCGUGCUACUGGGGCGUUAUGGACAAAUACGCAGCCGAAGCUCUGCUGGAAGGCAAGCCAGAGGGCACCUUUUUACUGCGAGACUCGGCACAGGAAGAUUACUUAUUCUCCGUUAGCUUUAGGCGCUACAGUCGUUCUCUUCAUGCUAGGAUUGAGCAGUGGAAUCACAACUUUAGCUUUGACGCCCACGACCCGUGUGUCUUCCAUUCCCCUGACAUUACCGGGCUGCUAGAGCACUAUAAGGACCCAAGUGCCUGUAUGUUCUUUGAACCACUUUUGUCCACUCCGCUAAUCCGGACUUUCCCCUUUUCCUUGCAGCAUAUCUGCAGAACAGUUAUUUGUAAUUGUACAACUUACGAUGGCAUCGAAGCCCUUCCAAUUCCUUCUCCUAUGAAACUGUAUCUGAAGGAAUACCAUUACAAGUCCAAAGUUAGGUUACUCAGGAUUGGUGUGCCCGAGCAGCAGUGACGGGAAAGGCUAGGAGUGUGGACUUGCAGGUGGAUUUUCAUUUACUCUUAUUUUUCUUAUGCCUCUUUGAAUUUUUCUACAAAGGCAGUUAGAAUCCAAAAUAAAACUGCCCUAAAUUUUAAUUCCAGAUUAGUUUAUUUUCUUAUGAUACACUUGUUAUAUAUUUUUAAGCUGUUGUUUUUUGUUUUUUUAUUUACUGUGUAAAUUGUAUAUUUUUCCCCUUAAUUUACAUAUGGUCCGGGCAUAUUGAAAUUUCAAGGCAUUGCAAAUGCAUUUGAAUAUUGUGAUUUUUUUUAAAAAAUAAUCUUCUGCUCUUCCCUGCAUGUGAAAUGCUUUACUAAUCUAUGCUAUCAGUAUUCUUGUAUGGCAAAAUAGUUAGUUUCCCACUUUGAUUUUAGAAUUCUUCAGUAAAGAUGAGUGUUGUAGUCCGUCCAUGAUAAUGUGAUGGCAAAUAGGAGUGGUAGGCAACAAAAUGGUUUAAAAUGAAACUUAAUGUGUUUUCUUUUUAAAUACUACCUAAAGCAGGUUGUUUGUUUGUUUUUUAAUUUGGCCAUUGAAAAGAGAGAGCCAAUGAAAAGAGAAAAUGUUCUGUUCUAGAAGUGAAUUUGUUCUGCAGUGCAGCAGCCACUCAGCCUGGAAGAGGUGACUAAUAUAUUGUAACUUGUGUUCCUUUCUUACGGGAAGCUUUACAAAUAGAACAGCAUUAUUAGAAACCUGGAGUUGCUACGGCAGCUAGAGUUUUCUAUGUUAAUUUGUGGACUGGGCAUCUACUUAGCUCUUUCCUAGGAACUCUAGUUCCUAAGGGAAAUCCAUCGUUCUAAACAGCUCCCGUAUCCACCAGUAACAAAGAGACCUGAAUAGUUUCUCAUUAUUUGAAACUGAACUUAAAUACAAAUGCAAGCAAAAAACAUGGUUCAAUAUAUAGCAAGUUUAAUAUUCAUUUUGGUCUUCACAACCUAAAUAUUGAUUUCUGUCUUCAGACCUAACAUGUAUUUUA